AUGUCAAUCAUAAAUUUAGAGCUCUUACAAAAAGUCAUUGAACUAAUAAACAGUCAACCCUCCAUUUAUCAGCAAUUGAACUCAUCAGAACUUGAUAAAGGAAUAGAUCUCAUUGAUAUCUAUUCUGUUUAUGGAGAUGUAGAUUAAAAUAUAUAUGAAGAACCAGGCGAAAUUCAAUUCAAUUUUGUCAUGGAACAAGAGCAGCCAUUCGAAGAAGUCAAAGAAAGCAUCCCGAUAUAGAAUACCAAAAAAUAAACAAUCACUUUGGAUUACAUUAAAAAUUAUGAUAAAUGCGAUCAAAUAUUUAGAACAAUAGCUGAAACCUAGGGAGAACUGGAAGUAUUCUUGGAUAGGAAUCAAGAAAUAUACAGAUAGUUUAAAAUUUGGAAUGAUUAAUUAAACUAUGGAGAACUUUACUCAAAAGACCCUAAGUACAUAGAGAAGAUCAAAUUCACAUUGAUUCUUUUGUCUGAAUGGUUGAUUGCUGUAUGUUAUAAAUCACAAGUGAAAAAAAGGAUCUUAAUACAAACUUAAACUUAACCUAGAGUGUAAUACAAGGCAAAUAUAUUUUUGGAAUAUAUAUAUGAACCCAAGAAAAUAAAUGAAAGCAGAAGAACAAGUGAAGUGAAACGACAAGCAAUUCAUGAAAUCCUAUUAGCUGCAACUCCAGAUAUGGCGUAUGUUCUGUCUGAAGGGUUUAUUAUCUCAAAAUUAACUAAUUAAUUAAUUGCUCCUAUUUAGGGAAGCUAUUGCAAAAUAAAAGAUUGGCUGAUUGCUGUUCGUGGAGUGACAAACUUAAAUGUGAAGGAAUUUUAGGAAUUGCUUAAAAUCAGCAGAGAAUAUUUUUCUGAGCAGAGUACUAUUUGA